AUGGACAGUAUUUGCUUAGAUCAAGAGGAUUUUUUAGCAUUGAAAUUCACUUGUGUAGCAGGUCUUUUCCCCAGCUCCCUUUUAACAUUAGUUUCUUCCUCAUCUGGAAUAACAAAUGCACGGUUUGCUGAUUCCAUCUGCAUUCUACUGACUGCUUUCUGAAAUGCUUACAGCUUUGCUGAAAAUGAACUUGAAAUUGGCUUAUCCUCUCCUAGCUACAUGCACAGCCAUAACCUUCCUCUUUGUCUGGGCUUUCCAAAGUAGAGGAGGGAAGCCUGAGGUUUGCGAGAGCCGUCUCCAGGAAGUGGGACUGGAGGAGAGAGGCCAUGGAGUUCACAGCUUGAUAUUUGAUGAUUUAACCCCAGAAGAGCUAAUGCAAGUGAAGCUGUACCUGCAAAACAACCUGGGCGUGCCAUUAGUAGAUCCCCCUCGAGCCAAGCCAUCUGACAACUGCAUUUAUUCUGUCACCCUUCAGCUUCCUCCGAAAGCAGAAAUGUUGAAAUUUUUGGACCAUCAAGGGACCAGACCUGCACGACAAGCUCUGGCUGUGCUUCAUUUUGGAAACCAGAAGGACCCAAAUGUCACUGAGUUUGUGGUGGGUCCUCUUCCAAAGCCAACCUACCACCAAGAUGUCACAGUGCAGAAGUAUGGAGGGAAGUUGCCUUACUCCAGAAGGUUUAUCUUGAGGAGUGAGUUCAAAGAAAUAUAUAGUUUCUUGAAGAACAAGGAAUAUCCCAAGGCUCCAAACUUUAUGCACAAAGUACUUGAUUACAAUGGAAGCAAUUUGGAACAUAGUUCAGGAUUACCACCAGGGCUAAAAUCAGGAGACCGGAAAAUGUGGGUUGCUCAUUUCCAGAAUGUCCCUGGAAGUUAUCUGCAUCCAGUUGGAUUUGAAGUCCAGGUUGAUGUUAGCAGCCUGGACGUUUCCCAAUGGAAGGUGCAAAAAGUCUUCUAUAAUGGACAGUACUUUGAGGACAUGGAAGAUAUUGAGAGACAGUUCAAUAAGGGGCAUGUUAAAGUAGCCAAGGUAAAAAAGGCUCCUCUCGAUGGGGGAUACUCAUCGCUGAAGCAACGGGUGCCCCACCAAGGACUAGGCCCUUUGCACUAUGAACCUCGUGGACCACGCUACACCAUCUGGAAUAACCAAGUUUUCUUCAUGUCCUGGAGUUUUGCCUUUGGUAUAGACGCUAAUAGGGGGCCACAGGCUUUUGACAUACGGUUUAAGGGUAAGAGGAUAGUUUAUGAGUUAAGCUUGCAAGAGGCAAGUGCCAUCUAUGGCUCCAACAGUCCAGCAUCAAUGCUGACCAGAUACAUGGACAGAAGCUUUGGCCUUGGUUAUACUACCUCCACACUCGUCAAGGGUCUGGAUUGUCCUUACCUGGCUACCUAUUUGAGCAGGCACUAUUUACUUGAUUCCUCAUUGCCUGUCAGUCGCAAAAACUCUAUAUGCAUCUUUGAACAAAAUCCAGAGAUGCCUGUGCGACGCCAUUAUGACAGCAAACAGAUUCCAUUUUAUGGAGGGUUGGCUGAUUCAGUUCUGGUCUUCAGAUCAAUAUCUACAGUUAGUAAUUAUGAUUAUGUUUGGGAUUUUAUAUUUCACCAAAAUGGAGCUGUUGGUGUCAGGGUCCAUGCCACUGGAUACCUUGAAUCGGCUUUUUACUUUGGUAAUGCCACGGAAUUUGGCAACAGGGUUGAAGAGUGGACACUGGGAACAAUUCACACUCACAACAUUCACUUCAAAGUGGAUAUGGACAUUGGUGGGGUGAAAAAUUCCCUGGUAGCCAAUGACAUAGCUUUUGAGACAGUGAAGGCCCCUUGGAGUCCAGAGAAUAAGAUCCAUCGGAUGAAGAUGAUAAGAAAAGUCUUGGAUACUGAGAACAAGGCAGCUUUCCGCCUUCACAACUACAUGCCAAGAUACCUAUAUUUUGUAGCCAACAGCACAAACAAGUGGGACCACAGACAUGGCUAUCAGAUCCAGAUGGUCAGCUUUUCUGGAGAUCACCUGCCAGAGACAGAUCCAAUGGAGCGAGCCAUCAGCUGGGGAAGAUACAAGCUGGCAGUCACAAAACGGAAAGAGAAGGAACCAUUCAGCUCCAGUGUCUAUAACCAGAUGAAUCCAUGGGCACCUUCAGUUGUCUUUGCUGAUUUCAUAAACAAUGAGACCAUUGUCAAUGAGGACCUGGUUGCCUGGAUCAAUGUCGGCUUCCUGCAUAUCCCACAUGCUGAAGACAUCCCCAACACAGCAACACUUGGGAACGUGGUUGGCUUCCUUUUGAGACCCCACAACUAUUUUGAUGAUGAUCCCUCCAUGUAUUCUCCUGACAGCGUUUUCUUCAGCAGCCAGCAGGACCCUACUGCCUGUGAGGUCAGCUACCUCGCAUGCCUGCCAAAAACAGCGGUGUGCUUGCCCAACUUCCCACCUUUUACUUAUGAGGGCUUCCAAAACACAACAGUGCUCUGAUGCUUUCUGGUCUUUGGUUGGGUGGUAAACAGUUCAGAAUGAAAUCUGGGUAUACCAAGGGCAAUGAAUCCGAAACUCUGUCUGUCCAUUAUCUUUGAAACCCAAGCUUGCUUACACGUGUUGUUAGUUGUACUUGUAAUAAUAUUUUAUUGGGCCCUGCAGUUUAUUUUCCCUACUAACCUCCUUUUUUCUAAAUGAAGGGUGGGGAACCCGUGGCUCUCCGGAUGUCAUUGAACUAUAUUUUCCAUCAACUCCAGCCAGAGUGGCCAAUGGUCAGGGAUGAUGGGACUUGCAGUCAGUUGCAGUUGUCAGAGUGUUGGCACUUAUCUGACCUCCUGCCACUGGCAUUGCUGUGACUUACUGGGAGGGAGAGGGGGAGAGGUAAGGUAAAACCAUGGCGAGGUCAGCAUGAUGCAAACACACUGGCAGGAAUGGCAGAUUGGCUCUGCUGAUGCAUUUGUACCACACUGACCUUGCCACUGCCUCACUUCUUUCCCUCUCAGUAAGCCACAGCAACACUGGUGCCAGAAGGUCAGGUAGGUGCUGCCACCCCACCAAUCGCUAUUGGAUGUAGCCAGCAUGAACUGGUAGGUCACAGAUUCCCCACCUCUGCUUUAAAUGCAUUCAUUACCCUUCUGAGAUGUUAACAAGUAAAUAUGCACUAAAGGGAACCUGGUGAAGCAAUCACCCUCUCGCUCCAGGGAACACUGUGAACUGUAAUUAAUGAGGGGAGCUAAAGAUCUCUAACAGUUCCCAGGAUAUUUUUUUUGGGGGGGGGGCGGUUGAAUAGGACAGCCAGGACUGUUCAACUGGUUAAACCCAAUAUAAGUAUUUACUAUUGUUUGGUCUCUUGAAGUGGGGACAGGAGGGUCCAUGUUUGUGGGGCAAUGGAAUUUGCUCGUAAUUUCAGGUGAAAACCUGGAGUGGAGUGAGUGUUCAGCAGUAGAGCAGUGGCAAAUUCAGAAGUGCAAGGUCUCUUCAUGAUAGUCAUGGCCACGCCCCCUUUUUUGCUGCUAGGUUGAGAAUGAGAUCCUUGUUAAUGCCUUCUUCCACAACAACUAAUGUCCCUAGGAGUCAAUUAACAUGUAAGGGGAGAGUGUUAGCUACUGAGAAGACUCUUCUCAGUGGCUGACUCUCCUCCUUUCACUCUGAUUGGCUCCAAUCAGCAUGAAAGGACAAGGAAGCUGUAAUCCUCCCAAAAAAGUAAGGGGUCUAAGACCCCCCCUCCGAGUCCCUGGAUAACUACAUUUCUGUUCAGACAGCCUCCAGUGAGUAUGAUGAACCCCAGGCUUGCUCCCAAUCUUGAUGCUUCUGAGGGGAGGUGGGAUGAUCCCAGCCUGAAAUUUCAGACAAAGCCUGGCCCUGCACUUGCCUGGAGCUUGAUGUGCCUAGCCAAAGCAAGCCUUGGCCUCCCAUCUCCAGCUCAGAGCUGGGCAGGGAAUGCAGAGGUUGGCUCUCUGAGCAUCCAACAAGUGCAGAGUCAAGCUGAGGCUUGUCCAUUUUUCUCUGUGCCUGCUGGGUACUCUGCACAAACCAAAAGCAACCACCCACCUGCUCUCCCAAGCUCUGAGCUGAAGAGGGGAUGAAGGCUGAUGUUUUCAUUGCAUGGGAUUCCCCAUUCCCUCUUUGGCUUCAACGUUGGAGUUGGGAAGGGAGGAGCGGAUUGUCCUGCACCUCGUACUAAGUUUCAGAGACUUAGCAUGAGAUGAGGGACCAAGCACUUGUGGAGUGGCAUGGUGAUAGCAACCAGAAAUCUUUCAUUGACCAGCCAAAGAUCUUGGGACAUUGGCUGGAAAUUACACUGGGAGAUUUGUCCUUAGGGUGGCCAUGUGCCCAACUUUACAGAGCACAGUCCUCUAUAGUAAGGUGUCCUCUGUUUAGAAGGGCUGUUGCAUCCAAGUGUGGCUUAAAGAUAAGAAGGGUGUCUGUAAACAGUCAGCUAGAUGAACAGGCAUGUUGGUCACCUGUCACAGUCUUCCCCACUAUGGUGAGAUCUGUAUUGCAUUUCUAUUUGAAUUAUGGCUAUUAAUUCUAAUUUGGAAUCUAUACCUAUAUAUUAGCAUUUAGGAAUGGAAAGAUCUGUCGCUUGCUGUUCUCUCAGUUUCUCAUUUUUCCAAUCUUAAAUUUGAUUCUCCACAUUUCUGCAGCAAUUUGUGGUUUCUUGUUUUGUUUUUUAAAAAUCCUCAUGAAAAU